CGGAGGGUUAUGCCGCCUUCCAGGAGGACAGCUCAGGAGAUGAGGCCGAGAGCCCUUCCAAGCUGAAGCGUUCCAAGGGGAUCCACGUCUUCAAGAAACCCAGCUUCUCCAAGAAAAAGGAGAAGGAUUUCAAAAUCAAAGAGAAACCCAAAGACGAGAAACACAAGGAGGACAAACACAAGGAAGAGAAGCACAAAGAGAAGAAGUCGAAAGACCUGACGGCGGCCGAGGUGGUGAAGCAGUGGAAGGAGAAGAAGAAGAAGAA